CGCGAUUAGAACAGGAAAGGUCCGGCCUACACAUGCGCGACUGGUAACUGCACCUGGAAUCCGAUCGCCACGCUCGCGAUUCGCCCCAACUGCUCCGAUGUCACCGCGAAGCUGAACAGGACGUCAGUUGUAGAUACCUGCGUUCUAGAUACCCAGUACAAGGAUAUUCGAAACUGCAGCGCCAGUCUCGGCGAUAAUGGCCCCACAGCAUGCUCUCGUGAGGGUGGAUCCAUCGCUCGAGUGAUGGACGUCUUGACGACAACAGCCACCAACGCACUCGAGCAUACCAGCGGCAUUUUCCCCGUCGUGCAGUACGUCCUCGGGGUGGGAUCCAACAAGAGUCCAGGGGCUACCUGGGAUAUCGUAGACACUGUGAACAACGAGACGAGAUUCAUCGCGACCGAGUGCACCUUGGAGCUGGUGAUCCGCAGCGUUCAGCCGGACAUUACAGAGGGAGAGCACGCGGAGACCAUGCUCGCCGAGCGGGCCAGAUGGGAGACUCCCCACGGCAGCCGCAGCCCCAUCGUGGGGGAAAAGAGGAACAUGGCCCAGCAGUUGGUCAAUGCUCAUUUCAGCGUCCAUCAGCUACGUCUUCCUGGUAGUUGGCUCGUGAUGUGA